GUACAACCAAACGUUUAACGCCAGUUCUUACGGUGGUGUCAGUUAUGGUGUAGAUCCACAGUACUACUACCACCAGCAACAGCAACAACAUCAACACCAGGCUCAGAAACAGCAGCAAAUGAUUGCCGGAAUCAUGGGCUACUAUCCACCAGAAGCGGCAGCUAUGUUCUACAAUCCGUACUCAUACGGUGGACAGCUCGACCAGACGGCGCAACAGUUUGCUUCUCAGCAACACCAGCAACAGUUGGACUAUCAGUUGACACCGGCUCUUUAUCUACUGAAUCAGCAAGCCGAACUACUCCAAAAAUCGCUCGCCAAGCAACAUUUGAAGAAAUCAGCUGAAGGAACAACCGCCAACAAGCCCCAACGCAAACAACGUGGUCCUUACAAAAAGCGUACCAACAAAACGCUCUCUCCAACGGUCUCGCCAGCACCGGAGUUUGUCACCGACACGGAGCGGCUAUCAUCUUCUGAUCUGUCCAGCAGUAGCGGCAGCAGCAACAACAAUCCCGACCAUCUAUCCAACCAUCGGGAUACUACUUCAGCAAUUGGGUUCGACCAGCAAACGCUAUGCCGGAAGCGCAAAAGUGAUUCCUUCCUCGAGAUCGACCAGGAACAGGAAUGCAAACACAACACCCGAACACUGGCCAAAAAGCAAUCAAUCUUCCGGAAUGUGGCGUUGAUGGCUGUUAGCUCCUGUAACGCUACGACGGUACGACAGUGUUGA